GCGUCAAAUGGUCCCGUUUCAUUGUUUACAGUGUAUUUUCUUUAUAAAAUAGUAAUUUACGAGUAAUGUGUGCCGAAUUAUAAUAAAAACGAUAAUGAGUGGUGAGAUUGACGGUUAUUGUCGGCUAUGCGCGGAGCCACGACGCACAAGCGAGAUGCUAUCACCGGGCAAAGAUAUCGUAGCUAACUCGAAAGUUAUCACCAAAUUAUCCUGGAUAAACAUCGAUAUAACUUCGACUGACGGUCUCCCAAACACAAUAUGUUAUGCCUGCUUGGAUCUGCUUGAGCGUACGUGGAGUUUUCUCAACAACGUCAGAGCAGCUCAAGAGAAAUUAAUAACUCUAUUCUUGAACACACCAAAAGACAAUGCCUACGAAAUUGAACUCGAUAAUAAGGAUUACAAUAACAAAAUACCCGGAAAACCUGUGGACGAAAACUGGGCGAUCUUCCAAGAGCUGAAACGCGAGAUAAAAAUCGAGAAUUUACAUGAUAAUGUACCCACUUUAUACCCAAAUGCGACAGUUGUAGAUAUUAAACAUGAAACUAAUAGUGAUGGAGACAACAAUGUUAUUAUGGACUCCAACGACGACCAUUUAAGUACAGAUAGUGAUGUUCCGUUAAAACAAAGUGUAAAGAAAAAGCGUAGCAAAUCCAAACACAAAAAAUCCAAAGAUAGAAGAUCCAAAACAAGUUAUAACGCCACAAAUUCUACAUGGGACGACCAAGCGUGUAUAUGUGCUAAAUGCGAUGCGAAUUGUCAAAGCAUUCUUUUAUUACAACUACAUUCCUUACAAAUACAUGACUGUUGCUGUGUUUUUAAGUGCACGCAAUGCUCCAAAGUGUUUCCAAGCUACCGUUCCUUCAUACGACAUACAAGAACACAUAACAAAGCUUUACAACACUGUUGUGAGUUCUGUAAUAGAUCUUUUACAUACCUACCCGAUUUAUCAUCACACAAAAUGAAAUACCACAAAACGGUAUACAAAACUAAGUGUUCAAAUUGUGGUGCUAACUUUGACACGCCAGAAGAACUGGACGAACACAAGAACUUGUUUAACAAAAAUUCUAAAUUAAAACGGAUUUCAAACGGCGAAGAUCAGAUUGAACACAAAUGCGAUCAAUGCAGCAAAGUCUUUAAAAGCCGUGCAAAUCUCCACCAACAUAAACAAUUGCAUACAGAACGGAAGAAAGAUUUCGCUUGUCACGUAUGCGGAAAAAUGUUUUACACGAAAGGUACUUUAGGUACACAUUUGGUUGUUCACGAAGAAAAACGUCCGUUCAAAUGCAAUCAUUGUCCGUUAGCGUUUCGAGCGAAAGGCAACCUUAUUUCCCAUCUAAGUUUGCAUUCCGGUUUGAAGCCAUUCAUCUGUGAACAGUGUGGAAAAAGCUUUAGAGUUAAACGACAUUUGGUGUCUCAUUCUAUCAUUCAUACUGACUUAAGACCGUACGUCUGUGAAUAUUGUAACAAAUCCUUUAGAUUCAAAACCCGUCUUAACCUUCAUUUGAGACAACACACAGGUGUACGUCCGUAUAAAUGUAUUUAUUGUCAACGAGACUUCACGAACGGUUCGAACUAUAAGAAACACAUGAAACGACGUCACGGUAUUGACACGUCUACACGGUUAACGUCUAAAAUUGUUAGUAAAAAAGAAAUUACUGUUAUAAAUGAGACUAUAGCACAGUAAAUUUUAUGUCACUGUCAAAAAUUUUUAUUAAUAUAUUUAGAAAGAAAACAAGAUUAUCAUUCUUCACACUUGUUACACUUUGUAACUGAUAUAUCUUAUUCUUAUGUGUUAUGAAUCACAAUUUUUAUGUUUUAUUUAUAUUUGUAAGUAGAGAAAAAUGGACUUAUAUUAAUUUUAAUUUAGAGCUAGAAUCAUGGCUUAUUUGAUUUAUGAAAUUAAGAGCUGAUUUUUCAACUGUCAAAUAACUUCGAUCUUAGGAAUAAAUUGGAGGUUUUGACAUUUUUCUAAAGAGAAUCUGUCAGAACAUCUCAGAUAAAAUUUAUUUGACGAUUGAAAAAUUGGCCCUUAGUAUGUAUUAAGGUAACUUAGGUUUUUUAAGUGAAUAAAUCCUUUGUGAUAUUUUUGUAAGAAAAAACCGGCCAAGUGCGAGUUGAACUCGCACACAGAGGGUUCCGUAAUCGAUUAAUUUU